AUGAUUUCUGAAAUGUAUCAACAUCAGUUCUACUACACGCCAGGAUUAUUCAAAUCAAAUGAAAUGUUUCGAGAACUCGUAGAUGAGAAUUCGUCGCCAAAUAAUUUUGUGAAGUUAGAAUCAAGUUUUUCAAAGCCACUCACCAUCAUUCAUCGACCACAACUCUCACUUUCCGAUGACUGGACGUCGACAUAUUCGGACAGUCUCAGAUCAUCAAGUCCCGAAUUCAUUUCACUCACAGCACAAAAAUAUUUGCCAGCCAAUCUUGAGAUUCAAAAUGAGAAGUUGAUGAAGAACUUGGCAUUGAAACACGAGAGUGGAAGUGACUCGGAAAAUAAUUCUUCAGAUUACACAACAUCGUCAAUCUCAUCAUCAACUGCAACAACGACAACAACAUCGCAGACAAAUCCUGAGAGUUGCAAGCCAAGGAAGCAACGCAGAAUGAAGCAAAUUCCACCACAGAUCAAGAAGAAACGAAGACUGGCAGCAAACGCAAGAGAACGGAAAAGAAUGCAAAGUUUGAAUGACGCGUUCGAUCGACUGCGACAAUAUUUGCCGUCACUUGGCAAUGACCGGCAAUUCUCUAAGCACGAAACUCUUCAAAUGGCCCAAUCGUACAUAUCUGCACUUUGUGAGCUUUUAGAUUAA